CUGGCUGCGUCCACUCGGUUUAUUGGUCAGGCUUUUUGACUCCAAGGAGGGCAUCGUCUUUUUUGUGCAUCGCACUUCCCUGCUUCCUGUAUGCUCACGAAAGACCUCGUCUUUUCUGAAAACAUACGAAUAAUCAAGUGUUGCCUCUAAGAUGGCUAUGGUAAAGAGUGGUUGGCUCCAUCGACAAAGUACCAUACUGCGUCGCUGGAAAAGAAACUGGUUUGACUUGUGGGCUGACGGACGACUUGUGUUCUAUAAUGAUCAACAACGGCGUGACAUGGAGGAUGACAUCCACAUGAGGGUUGACUGCAUUAACAUCCGCAACUCUGGUGCAUGUCAAGAGCUGAACCCACCAGAGGGGAAGAUGCGUGACGCCUUGCUCCAGAUAGUGUGCAGAGAUGGACGGGUCAUCAGCCUGUGUGCAGACAGUGCAGAUGAUGCUCUGGCAUGGACCAUGGCACUUCAGGAUGCCAGAAUUAAUGCGGUUGUCACUGCUCCUCAGGUUGGCUUUGCGCAGGAAGUGAUGGCAUCUGCUCCUCCCCCCUACUCAGAAUAUGCUCCCCCACCUCAAGUUUAUGCCCCGGGCCCAUAUGGAGACUAUGUUGCACCUCCACCACAUGCUACACAGAUUGUAUACUCUGCUGAUGGGCAGCCCUACGCUGUAGCUUAUCCUUAUCAGUACCAAGGUGGGUACCCUGCUCCUGGAGUGAACCAUGUUGUUAUUCGGGAACGCCAGCGUGACGACGGAGGAGACGUGGCUUUGGGCAUGCUUGCUGGAGCAGCAACUGGUUUGGCACUUGGCUCUCUCUUCUCUGUCUUCUAGUGUUUUGAUUAAUGCACAUCUAGUAGCACACCGUUCCCCCCCUGUAUUUGCAGCAUUUGGCUUCUUCUCUGUGCCAUCACAUGAGUUGGAGUGAAAUGUCUGAUGGGCUACUUCUAUCUAUGAAGCAUGAUUGUGAUGGGCAGUGAAUUACUCCGUAUGUGUCCUAUAUAUACAGUAAAUACUGUUAGCACUUUCUCAUAUGCCCUGUGUGGCAGUUUCCCACCCCUUUUGUGCAGUCUGAAUAUGAAUGUUCUUAACCAAAAAAUACAAUUACUCACUUUUAAGAGUUAUUUAAACGACAGGAAACACGUUACUCCUUUCAUGUACAUUUCAGGUCCUCUCACUGUUUUUCAAGUUUCAGUUUCAUGGAGCACAUUUGCCCUUUAUAUUUGCAGAAUUACCUUAAUAGCCAUGAAGUGGUGUUUUGUUUUUUUUGUUUUUUACAGGUUUUGUGUUCAUCUCUGUGUACUGUACCUUUACUUUGGCUUACAUGUAUUACUUGUAAUGCUCCUCAGGUUAUUUGUGGUGGAGGCCGGCUGAGAUGAGAGCUGUAUAAAGAGGAGUGCACACACAAAGCAAUAAUCACUUACAUUGUAGCAUUUUGAGGUACCUAUUUGGUGGAAACAGGUUGUGAUGGAUGUCUGAUGUUGUCAUCACCACAAAUAAGUCUAUGUAUGAGGAAACACUGGCAUUUACAGGUUGUGCUUUGAAGUGAAAAGGGACGUCACUCAUUUGUGUGCAUUAUUUAUGGUCAUUAUUUUCAUUGGCAGCUGUUAAUUCAUACUUUUCAUUUCAUUUGAAGUGUGUUUGAAUUGAUAUUGCAGUUUUCAUUUCAGUACUUGUUGCAGUAUUCACAAAUACCAAUCAGGUUGAUCGUCUCUUGAGAUUUAGUUAGUUAUUUCAGUUGGCCUUUUUAUUUUUCACUCCAAAUGACUUGCAUAUUGCCAGAUUUUUCCAUUAUUUAUGUUAAUUACGACUGCAUUUAUUCACUUUGAAUUAGCAACUUCUGCUCAAUAGAAAACAUUUUUAGUCUCCUUUUCAAACAAAGAUACUGCAUAUCUUUAUUAAUGACACUAACAGAAGACGUGUAAGGCUUCCAUUUCCAAAUAAUUUCGUUUUAGCAAAUGAUCAGCUUGUGCAAGCAUCGUAACUUUGUCAUUUUUCUACAGGUCUUACAUUGUUUAAAGAUGUGAAAUUAACCUGUUAUAUUUCUCUUAACAAAUGUACUAAUUAAAUUAUCUACCCUGCAUUUAAAAUAAAAAUAUGACAGUUAAGUAAGAGAUGUAUUUUAACAAUUAAAUAGAUUCACAAAGUUAA